CGGAUCUGCUCUGCUGCUGGAGAUCGGUUUUGCAAAGAUCAGUUUUGUUGCGCAGCUGAAAACGAGCUGAUCGGCGGAUCGGAAGAAUAAAAUUCAUUUAGAAGGUUUUCAGCUAGAACUAACAGAUAAGAGACAUGGCGAGCAAAGUCUCGAUCCUUCUCCUGCUAACCGUCCACCUUCUGGCGACUCAGACCUUCGCCCAGGAGCUCACCGCAUGGCAACGGCAACAACAACUGCAGCUACAGCAGCAGCAGCGGCAGCAGCAACAACAACAACAACAACUUAACCCCAGACCGGAGCUGGGCCUCCGUUCCCGGAUGUAUCCCGAAAACCGGUGGAACAAUCAGAACAAUCAGGAAGCCAUAAGCGAUGUGGUGGCGGUGGACCUCACCAAAAGUGAGCCGGUCACUCCGCCGCCCACUCGGCCGCCGCCCGUCUUCAGCUACAUGGACCGCUUCAGCUCCGAGCUCUUCAAGGAGAUCAUUAAGUCGCAGAGUCAGCAGAACGUGGUGUUCUCGCCCUUCUCCGUCCACGCCCUGAUGGCAUUGGUCUACGGCGCCUCGGACGGGAAGACGUACCGGGAACUGAAGAAGGCCGGAGAGUUCAGCAAGAACGCCAUGGCCGUGGCCCAGGACUUCGAGAGCGUGAUAAAGUACAAGAUGCAUUUGGAGGGCGCCGAUCUGACCCUGGCAACCAAGGUCUACUACAACCGGGAGCUGGGUGGCGUCAACCCCAGCUACGAUGAGUACGCAAAGUUCUAUUUCAGCGCCGGCACGGAGGCCGUCGACAUGCAGAACGGCAAAGACACGGCGGCCAGGAUCAACGCCUGGGUGAUGGACCAGACGCGGAACAAGAUCCGGGAGCUGGUCACACCGGCCGACGUUGACCCACAGACUCAGGCGCUUCUCGUGAAUGCAGUGUACUUCAAGGGUCGCUGGGAGCACGAAUUCGCCACCAUGGACACAUCACCCUCCGACUUCCAGCACUCCAACGGCAGAAUUUCCAAAGUGGCCAUGAUGUACAAUGACGAUGUGUACGGCCUGGCCGAGCUGCCCGAGCUGGGCGCCACCGCCUUGGAACUGGCAUACAAGGACAGCGCCACCAGCAUGCUGAUCCUGCUGCCCAAUCAGACCACCGGACUGGCCAAAAUGCUGCAGCAGCUGUCCCGGCCGGAGUUCGAUCUCAACUACGUUGCCCACCGUCUGCGCCGCCAGCCGGUCGCUGUGCGCCUGCCCAAGUUCCAGUUCGAGUUCGAGCAGGACAUGACCCAGCCGCUAAAAGACCUGGGAGUCCACCAGAUGUUCACGCCCAACUCGCAGGUGACCAAGUUGCUGGAUCAUCCGGUGCGCGUGAGCAAGAUCCUGCAGAAGGCCUACAUCAAUGUGGGCGAGGCGGGCACAGAGGCCUCGGCAGCUUCCUAUGCCAAGUUCGUACCCCUUUCGCUGCCUCCCAAGCCCACGGAGUUCGUCGCCAACCACCCAUUCGUCUUCGCCGUCCGCACACCCACCUCAGUUCUGUUCAUAGGUCACGUGGAGUAUCCCACGCCCGUGAGCGUUUAAAAUGAACCAAAUUCCAUUUCCGAGUAGAUGCAUUUGUGAAAAAUAAUAAUAAAGUAUAACGCUGUAUUUAUGGAAACUGAA